GCAUGGAUGACAUUUCACCUGUCAAUGUUUCAAAAAUUCUUGAAAGUUUGGAGCAGAAAUCCAAACCCCAACUGCCCGUAAUAAGUUCGAAUCGUAUAUUAAGAAAAGCAGCACGUAUCGUUCAACUUGUAGAAGCUGAGAACAACUACAACGAUCCGGCCACUCAAGCAGAAUGGACGCAGAAAAGGUUAGUUUGGGUGCCACACGAGAACCAGGGCUUCGUCGCCGCCAGCAUCAAGGGCGAAAAGGGCGACGAAGUCGAGGUGGAGCUCCAGGAGACCGGCAAGAGGACAACCGUGCCCAAGGACGACAUCCAAAAGAUGAAUCCGCCGAAAUUCGACAAGGUCGAGGACAUGGCCGAACUCACCUGUCUGAACGAGGCCUGCGUCCUACACAACCUCAAAGACAGAUACUAUUCCGGUCUAAUAUACACAUACUCCGGCCUUUUCUGUGUCGUGGUGAAUCCCUACAAGAAACUUCCAAUUUACACAGAAAAAAUUAUGGAGAGGUAUAAAGGCAUAAAACGGCACGAGGUACCCCCGCAUGUGUUCGCCAUUACAGAUACAGCUUAUCGGUCGAUGCUUCAAGAACGGGAAGAUCAAUCGAUUUUGUGUACGGGAGAAUCGGGUGCAGGAAAAACCGAAAAUACGAAAAAAGUUAUACAGUAUUUGGCGUACGUCGCUGCUUCCAAGUCGCCCAAAGGAGCUGGAGCGCAGAAAGAUCUUAUCGGUGGAUUAGAACAGCAACUCCUGCAAGCGAAUCCGAUUUUAGAAGCCUUUGGUAACGCGAAAACCAUCAAAAAUGACAACUCUUCCAGAUUUGGUAAAUUUAUCAGGAUUAACUUCGAUGCUUCCGGUUACAUCGCUGGAGCCAACAUAGAAACCUAUUUAUUAGAAAAAUCUCGUGCCAUUCGACAAGCGAAAUCAGAACGAACGUUUCACAUAUUCUAUCAACUUCUAGCAGGUGCUUCCGAAACUCAAAGAAAGGAAUUCAUUUUAGAAGAUGCCAGAUCGUAUGCCUUCCUCCGAGAAGACAAUCAUAUAGUCCCAGGUGUAGACGAUGCACAGGAAUUCUUGGGAACCGUAAAGAGUAUGAACAUCAUGGGAAUGACCAAUGACGAUUUUAGUGCCAUUUUCAGAGUAGUGUCAGCCGUUAUGUUAUUUAGCAAGAUGGAAUUCAAACAAGAUCGUAGUUCUGAUCAAGCUACGCUACCUGAUAAUACUGUAGCCCAAAAAAUAGCUCAUUUACUAGGACUUUCCGUUACAGACAUGACACGAGCAUUCUUGAAACCUAGAAUUAAAGUUGGUAGAGACUUCGUUACUAAAAGUCAGACCAAAGAACAAGUCGAAUUUGCCGUUGAAGCUGUUUCGAAAGCUUGCUAUGAACGUAUGUUUAAGUGGUUAGUAACCAGAAUUAACAGAUCACUUGGUAGAACUAAGAGACAAGGUGCCAGUUUCAUUGGUAUUCUAGAUAUUGCUGGUUUUGAAAUCUUCGAUCUUAACUCGUUUGAACAGUUGUGCAUAAAUUACACCAACGAAAAGUUGCAGCAACUCUUCAACCACACCAUGUUCAUCUUGGAACAAGAAGAAUACCAACGAGAAGGAAUAGAGUGGAAGUUCAUCGAUUUUGGUUUAGAUUUACAGCCAACAAUUGAUCUGAUAGACAAACCUAUGGGAAUUAUGGCCCUGUUAGAUGAAGAAUGUCUUUUCCCUAAAGCGACUGAUAAAACUUUUGUUGACAAACUAGUAACUUCCCAUUCCGUACAUCCCAAGUUCAAGAAGAGUGACUUCCGUGGAGUAGCCGAUUUCUCAAUUAUUCAUUAUGCUGGAAAAGUCGACUACUGCGCUAACCAGUGGUUGAUGAAGAAUAUGGACCCACAAAAUGAAAACGUUGUCUCGUUACUGCAAACUUCCCAGGAUCCUUUCGUUGUACAUAUCUGGAAAGAUGCUGAAAGCUUAGGAAGAGCCAAAGGAAUGUUCAGAACUGUGUCUCACCUCUACAAAGACCAAUUAGCUAAUUUAAUGGUUACUUUACGUAAUACAAAUCCCAACUUUGUUCGUUGCAUCAUUCCUAACCAUGAUAAAAGAGCUGGCAAGAUUGAUGCUCCUUUAGUUUUAGAUCAACUCAGAUGUAAUGGUGUAUUAGAAGGUAUUCGUAUUUGUAGACAAGGUUUCCCUAACAGAAUACCUUUCCAAGAAUUUAGACAGAGAUACGAACUUCUAACACCAAACGUUAUCAACAAAGGCUUCAUGGAUGGCAAAAAAGCCUGCGAAGCAAUGAUCAAAUCACUUGAAUUGGAUAAAAACUUGUACAGGGUUGGACAAUCUAAAAUCUUCUUCAGAGCUGGUGUUCUGGCACAUCUUGAAGAAGAAAGAGAUUAUAAGAUUACAGAUCUCAUUGUUAACUUCCAAGCUUUCUGUAGAGGAUUUCUCUCUAGAAGAAACUACCAGAAGAGAGUCCAACAACUUAAUGCUAUCCGAAUUAUCCAAAGAAAUUGUUCCGCUUAUCUAAAACUAAGAAACUGGCAAUGGUGGAGGUUGUACACUAAAGUCAAACCAUUACUUGAAGUAACCAAACAAGAAGAAAAACUGAUGCAAAAAGAAGAUGAGCUCAAGCAAGUGAAAGAUAAACUCGAUCACCAUAUCAAAGCAGCUGAAGAAUAUGAACAAAAGUAUCAACUUGCUCAAGAGGAAAAGACCGUCCUUCAAGAACAAUUACAGGCUGAAGUAGAAUUAUGUGCUGAAGCUGAAGAAAUGCGGGCUAGGUUAACUGCCCGAAAACAGGAAUUAGAAGAAAUCUUACACGACCUGGAAGCUAGAAUCGAAGAGGAAGAAGAGAGAACUACCACUUUAAACAAUGAUAAGAAAAAAUUGCAACUUACCAUUCAAGAUUUGGAAGAACAAUUAGAGGAAGAGGAAGCUGCUAGACAAAAGAUUCAAUUAGAAAAAGUACAAUGCGAUCAUAAACUUAAAAAAUUAGAAGAAGAUCUAGCUUUAAGUGAAGACAGUAAUCAGAAACUUCUGAAAGAAAAGAAAGCAUAUGAAGAGCGCAGUAAUGAUUUAAGCCAAGCCUUAGCCGAAGAAGAGGAAAAGGCUAAACACUUGGCUAAACUGAAAGCUAAACACGAAUCGACUAUUGCAGAAUUAGAAGAACGUCUAUUAAAAGAUCACCAACAAAGACAGGAGACAGAUCGCUCCAAAAGGAAAAUCGAAACUGAAGUAAACGAUCUCAAAGAACAAGUGAAUGAAAAACGCAGCCAAAUAGAAGAUCUCCAACUGCAAUUAGGUAAAAGAGAAGAAGAAUUAGCUCAGGCCAUGGUCAAGGUAGAUGAAGAAGGCGCCCAAAAAGCUCAAGCUCAGAAAGCUCUUAGAGAACUAGAAAGCCAACUUACUGAAUUACAAGAGGACCUCGAAGCUGAAAAGGCGGCCAGAAGCAAGGCUGAAAAAAUGAAGAGAGAUCUUAACGAAGAACUAGAGGCAUUGAAGAACGAACUUCUAGAUUCAUUAGAUACUACGGCUGCUCAACAAGAACUCAGAUCAAAGCGAGAACAGGAACUUGCCGGUUUGAAGAAAACUUUGGAAGAUGAAGCUCAAUUGCAUGAAGUUACGCAGGCUGAUAUGAGACACAAACAUUCUCAGGAACUCGCAUCUUUGAAUGAACAAUUAGAGAACCUGAAGAAACUUAAAGCUAAUCUCGAAAAAACUAAACAAAGCCUCGAAGCUGAAAACGCCGACCUGACAAGCGAACUCAGGAACGUUGGAGCUAGUAGACAAGAAGGCGAAAGACGGCGUAAACAAGCUGAGAGUCAAUUGGCUGAACUAUCUGCUAAAUUAUCGGAAGUAGAUAGGUCGAAAAUUGAGCUACAAGAAAAAACUAUUAAAUUGCAACAAGAACUAGAAAAUGUUGUGCAACAGCUAGAAGCAGCUGAGCUCAAAGCAUCUGCUGCCGUAAAAAGUCAAGCUACGAUGGAAUCCCAAUUUACCGAAGCUCAGACGGCUCUAGAAGAAGAAACUAAACAGAAACUAGCCCUAAGCUCUAAAUUGAGACAACUGGAAUCUGACAAAGAAGCCUUGCAAGAACAAAUGGAAGAGGAAGAGGAAGCCAGGAAGAAUAUCGAGAAACAAGUUGCUAUUAUGACUGUACAACUUGUUGAAGCCAGGAAAAAAGCCGAGGAUGAAGCUGAACAAGCUGCCAUAUUAGAAGAAAGUAAGAAGAAAUUGGCUAAAGAUUUGGAGUUAUUACAAAGGCAAGUAGAGGAACUAACAGCUGCCAAUGACAAACUAGAAAGAAGCAAAAAGAAGAUAGCUGCCGAAUUAGAAGAUGCAAAUAUUGAUCUCGAAACUCAAAGACAGAAAGUUUCUGAACUAGAAAAGAAGCAGAAGAACUUUGAUAAGGUUCUAGCUGAAGAAAAAGCUGUUAGUGAACAAUUGGCUGCCGAAAAGGAUGUUGUAGAAAAAGAAGCUAGAGACAAGGAAACCUUAGUAUUAUCCCUGAAACGCGAACUUGACGACUCUAACGUUAAAAUUGAAGAAUUGGAAAGAAUGCGAAGGACGUUACAAGGCGAACUUGAUGAAUUGGUCAACAACCAAGGUACAGCUGAUAAGAACGUUCACGAAUUAGAAAAGGCUAAGAGAUCCCUAGAAAGUCAAUUAGCGGAACUUAAAGCCCAAAACGAAGAGUUAGAAGACGAAUUACAAUUAACCGAAGACGCCAAACUAAGAUUGGAAGUUAAUAUGCAAGCUCUUAGAGCCCAAUUCGAAAGAGACAUACAAGCAAAGGAAGAACAAGCCGAAGAAAAGAGACGAGGCAUCGUUAAACAACUGAGAGAUCUCGAAGCCGAAUUGGACGAGGAAAGAAAACAAAGAGCAGCCGCGGUUAUUGCCAGGAAGAAGUUGGAAGGUGAUAUUAAAGAAUUAGAAAGCCAAAUUGAACUUCACUGUAAGGUCAAAGAAGAUGCCCUCAAACAGUUGAAAAAAUCUCAGCAACAAUGCAAGGAAGCGAUCAGAGAUGCCGAAGAAUGCCGAGCGGCAAGAGAUGAAUAUGCAGCUUCGAGCAAAGAGGCCGAAAGGAAAGUUAAGACUUUGGAAGCGGAGGUGCUUCAACUCACAGAUGACGUCGCUAAUUCCGAGAAAUCCAGAAGGGCAGCUGAAGCCGAAAGAGACGAAUUAUUAGAAGAAAUAAACAGUAGUAAUAGCAAAGGUAGUUUACUGAUCGACGAAAAACGUAGGUUAGAAGCUAGAAUAGCUACUUUAGAGGAAGAAAUCGAGGAAGAACAAAGCAAUAACGAGAUACUGCAGGACAGGGCCAGAAAAGCGCAAUUGUCCAUUGAACAAUUGACCGCGGAAUUGUCGAGCGAACGGUCGGCGGCGCAGAAGCAGGAAUCGCAGCGAUUGUUGCUCGAAAGGCAAAACAAAGAACUCAAAGCCAAACUGGCGGAACUCGAAACUGCUCAAAGAACAAAGACCAAGGCGCAUAUUGCCGCUUUAGAGAGCAAGAUAUCGAACCUAGAGGAACAGCUUGAUGUGGAAGCAAAGGAACGUCUUGUCCAACAAAAAACCAACCGCAAAUUGGAUAAAAAAGCAAAGGAAUUGGUCAUGCAAUUGGACGAUGAACGUCGACACGCGGAUCAGUACAAAGAACAAGUUGAAAAGGCUAACGCGCGCGUCAAAGCCCUCAAACGGCAGUUAGACGAAGCCGAAGAAGAAGUGACUAGAGAGAAAGCGCAAAAGCGAAAGGCUCAAAGGGAAUGUGAAGAUAUGUUGGAAUCGCAUGAAUCCAUGACCAGGGAAAUCAACAACUUAAAGAGUAAAUUGAGGCGAGGUACAAUGGGCAUUUCUUCAUCGAGACUGAGCUCGGCGAAACGCGGGUCGAUUCAAACCAGCGGCAAUGGUUCCGGGGACGAUUCCACCACCCAAGACGAAGCCAUGGACGGGGAUGACGCUCCCAAUUAAACCCAUCAUUAUUUUAUACCUUAAUUUGUGCCGUUUUAUUUUUUAUUCAUUUUCAAACAAACAUUUAACUGCUUUUUACCGAGCGAGUCGCUUCUUGUACAUAUAAUUUUUUUUCUAGUACUUAGCAACGUAUUUAUAUUUGUUUAGAUUAAGGUUGAUUUAAUUUUGCUGAUUAUACUAUACACUUUUAUUUUAUUUCGAUACUAAGAAGUAGCUUGUCGAGGUGGGUAUUAAAUUCGUACUAUAUAUACAAGGGCUUUCAAAAAAUAAACUGUUGAAUUUGUCUUUAACUGAAAUGGACGCUAAUCUAAACAAUUAUUAUUUACAAAAAAGAGGCCAGAAGCAUUUAUUUAAUAUAUAGGGCCUACCAUUUAAUGGAUUUCUUGGGGACACGGAUGCAUGCUUAUAAAAAAAAUGAAUCCGUGAAUAUUUUUUUAAACCGAUUUAAGUUAGCUUUUUUUUUAUUUAACAAAUUUCUAAUAAUCUUUAUAUUACGCAUUUUGUUCCGUUUGUAGUAUUUUAUUAUUUAUGCAUUUUUUUAUAACCUGAUGACAAGUAUUUUUUUAAAAAGCAACUGCAAUUGGUUAGUUAUUUGUGUACCAGUUUUGCAUUAUCUAUCAAGUAUAUAUGAAUUUAAUAGUCAAUAAUGCUAAUAAUAUAUAAAUAUUUAAAAAAACUAGCAAAUUAACCUUUUGAUACACAUUAUAUUUUGUAGAGUAUAUAUUUUGUAAAGACAUCUAUUUUAGUCCGACAUGAUUUUGAUAUGCAUGUUUUUGUAUAAACAAUUUCUUGCAUUUUGUAAAUAUCUUAAGCAUAAUUGUGGGGGUUCAGGGCUCAUUUCAUUAUUUUUACCGAGUUAAAUAAAAUUAUAUAUAAAUAA